AUGGCUCCCAAGAUCGCAAUUGUUUACUACUCGAUGUACGGCCACAUCAAGCAGUUGGCUGAGGCUGAGAAGGCCGGUAUCGAGAAGGCUGGCGGCACUGCCGAUCUUUACCAGGUCCCCGAGACUCUUUCUGACGAGGUCCUCGCCAAGAUGUACGCUCCUCCCAAGGCCACAGAUGUCCCCGUUCUUGAAGACCCAAGCGUGCUCGAGCAAUAUGACGCCUUCCUCAUCGGCAUCCCAACAAGAUACGGCAACUUCCCCGCUCAAUGGAAGGCUUUCUGGGACAAGACCGGCAAGCAAUGGAGCUCCGGUGGUUUCUGGGGCAAGUACGCCGGUGUCUUCAUCUCCACCGCCUCUCAGGGAGGUGGCCAGGAGUCCACUGCUCUCGCCGCCAUGAGCACCUUCGCCCACCACGGCAUCAUCUACGUGCCCCUCGGAUACGCCAAGGCCUUCGGCAUCUUGACCAACCUGGAUGCGGUCCGCGGUGGUAGUGCCUGGGGAGCGGGUACUUUCGCUGGUGGCGACGGCUCUCGCCAGCCUAGUGAUGUGGAGAAAGAGCUGGCCACCAUCCAGGGCGAGGAGUUUUACAAGACGGUCGCCAAGGCUUUCAGUGCGUGAAAUCACCAUCGAGGUUCAUCGGGGGGAGAGUCAGUUCCUGCACCGGCUGUUGUUGAGACUCCAGCUCCAGCAGCUGCCAGUGCCCCUGCAGCUGAGGAAAGGCAAACGAGGGCCGAGCAAGUGCCAGAGCACAAGGAGGAUAAGGAGGAGGAAGGAGGACCAUGCGGAUUGCCAUCCAAAUGCGUCAUUCUAUGAUUUCUGCAAAUAGCGUUACAAUAUUGUUUUUUCCCAGCGAAUACACAUAUGGAUAUCAAACACACCA